AUGGCAACCCUAAGGGACCUCUGCUUCUGUGUCCUUGUGCUCUCCCUCCCUCUGUUCUCUCUCUCAAUACCCCUCUCUCAUUCCAGCCCUUCUUCAACAUUUAAGGUAGCCCUCAUACACCGUGACUCUCCCUACUCCCCCAUACAUGACCCCUCGGCCUCGCCCUCCGACAUCUUUAGGCUCUCUGCACAACGCUCCCUCUCUCGCCACCGACAUCUCCGAUCGGUCCUCACCGGCAAAUCCUCACUGUCAAAAUUGGAGUCGGAGGUUGUAGCUGGUCCCUCUGAGUACCUCAUAAGGGUCGGGAUUGGGACCCCUGCAGAGCCAUACUGGCUUAUUGCCGACACGGUGAGCGACCUAACAUGGACUCAAUGCCUCCCUUGUUCCAAUUGCUUUGAGCAAAAGGCACCGAUUUUCGACCCCAAAUCAUCUUCGACAUACCGCUCCCUUGACUGCUCCUCAACCCUCUGCCAGGCCCUUAAGAGUGACAACAAAUGUGGUGGCUCAUCGUGCCUAUAUGACUAUGGAUAUGCCGACGACUCGAGAUCCAGGGGCAUCCUUUCGACUGAAACUUUCACCUUUGAAACCGCUAAAUCCACCUUAUCAUCCCUUCAACCUAGCAUUGGUUCUAAUCCUAGUUCCAGUCCCACUACAAGUACUCGUACUGAUCCCACAAAAACUAGCACUAGUGCCACUUUUAGUACUGAUGGUGGCACUGGUACCGAAAUCAACGGGCUUGGGUUUGGGUGUGGCUCCUCAAAUAGGGGCUUUGGCGCAAACGGUGAGGCAGGUCUAGUUGGGCUCGGAGGUGGUCCCUUGUCUCUAAUCUCUCAAUUAGGGAGCUCAAUUUCAAACAAAUUCUCGUAUUGCCUCCCCUCUAGGCUUGAUAAGAACGCGACAGGUGUGUUGAACUUUGGUGAGAAUGCCGAUAUCUCAGGCCCGAACGUCUCGAGCACACCGAUAAUUUAUUUGGAAGAGUCUCCGGCCUUCUAUUUCUUGAAUCUAACGGACAUUAGUGUCGGUGAGAAGAGGCUAGGCAUUCCUCCAGGGACGUUUGUUCCAUUCCCAUCAGGAACAUAUGGGUUCGUCAUAGAUUCGGGAACAAGUCUUACUAUCCUGCCCACUGAUGUCCUUCAAUCACUACUUGACGAAUUCAAAGAUAUUACCAAGUAUCCAACUAUCCCUAAUCCUCCGGGUCCGUUUGUGACAUGCUACAAAGUGCCAGAUUCCAGUAAGAUCACCGGAUUUCCAGAUAUUACAUUCCACUUUUCCGGCAAUGCCGACUGGAAGGUGGGAGCAAGUAAUGUAUUUUAUCCCUUGCAUGAGGAUUUGCUUUGCUUGAGCAUUGUGUCACAAAUAGAGGAUGCUGAUUCUUAUGAUGGUCUUUACGUUUUCGGCAAUUGGCUGCAGCAAAAUACGGUGGUAGAGUAUGAUCUUGGGAAGAAGAUAUUGUCCUUUGCACCUGCUGAUUGCAGCCGGUUAUGA